AUGGAUUUCGCUGGGCUCUCUUCAUCGCCACCAGCUCUACGCUCGUCAUUACCGCCUAGCAGCGCCCCUUUCCCGUCACAUCCUACCAAUGGCUCAUCUCCAGGUCGACCAGUGCAAGAUGCAUUGGCUUUAGGCGACGAUGAGGCUGAAGAAGAAACCCAAGAUACCGCGGGAGGACGAAGGCGGCGUCGGCCGAAGGGCAAUGCUGCAGAUGUGCCGAUCGUAAAGGAUGCAGUUGGGGAGAGCGUGGCAGACAGCUUUGAGACCUUUCUGAAAACGUUUACUGAAGAUGUCAAUCUGGCAGCUACUCCGGCAUCUGAUGGCGACAUCCCUGAUGUUGCUGACGGCGAGCUCGUAUAUAUUGAACAAAUACAUACGAUGCGCGAAUAUGAACUGACUACACUCUACGUCGACUUCGGACACAUCUUACAACGCGACGACGUGCUUGCUGAUGCGAUACAGAAGCAAUACUACCGAUUCUUGCCGUAUUUGCGACGCGCACUACUUAAUCUAGUCACUGAAUACGAGCCAGAAUACCUCAAGAUCAACCCCACUGCAGCCACCACCGAUUCGGCCAAUUUGCAGUCUCGAGAGUUUCAUAUAGCCUUUUACCAUCUCCCCCUGGUAUCCGGCAUUCGUGAUCUUCGCACAGACAAGAUCGGGACGUUGAUGAGCAUCAGCGGAACUGUUACUCGGACUAGUGAAGUGCGACCAGAGCUACUCUUCGGCAGCUUCAUCUGCGAGGUGUGCGGGGGCCUCAUCAACGACAUUGAACAGCAAUUCAAAUAUACCGAGCCUUCGUUAUGCCCCAAUCCAACGUGCGGUAACCGAGUUGCGUGGCAACUGCAAAUCGACACGUCCAAAUUUACGGACUGGCAGAAGGUGCGCAUCCAGGAGAACCCAUCUGAAAUCCCCACUGGCUCUAUGCCACGGUCGCUUGAUGUUAUCCUACGAGGGGAGCUCGUGGAAAGAGCGAAGGCUGGGGACAAAUGUGUUUUCACUGGGACGUUCAUUGUGGUUCCAGACGUCAGCCAGCUCGGUAUACCUGGAGGGAACAAGGCAGAGCUGCAGCGAGAAGCAAACCGUGGCGGUGCGGGGGGAGCAGCUGGAGCAGCUGGGACGGGUGGCGUUACUGGUCUGAAAAGUCUUGGUGUCAGAGACCUUCAGUACAAAACAGCAUUCCUUGCGUGCAUGGUUCACGAUGCCGAUGGCCGUGCUGGAACGAACAUCCGUGGCGAGGAAGAUGCCAUCGAGGACAAUGGACAAGCGUUCAUACAAUCGUUGACCGAACCGGAAUUCGAAGAGCUCAAGAGUAUGAUCGACUCCGACCACAUCUACUCGCGUCUGGUGGAGAGCAUCGCGCCUACUGUUUACGGACACGAGAUCGUCAAGAAGGGCCUUCUACUCCAACUCAUGGGCGGUGUACAUAAACAAACGCCAGAAGGGAUGCAUCUUCGAGGUGAUAUCAACAUCUGUAUAGUUGGCGACCCUUCCACUUCCAAGUCCCAAUUCCUCAAGUAUGUCUGUUCUUUCCUUCCCCGAGCGGUCUACACGUCCGGUAAAGCCUCUUCGGCAGCUGGUCUAACAGCGGCUGUCGUGAAGGACGAGGAGACGGGGGACUUCACGAUCGAAGCUGGAGCGCUCAUGCUUGCCGACAAUGGGAUCUGCGCCAUAGAUGAAUUCGACAAGAUGGACAUAUCAGAUCAAGUCGCCAUUCACGAAGCCAUGGAACAACAGACCAUCUCAAUCGCCAAGGCAGGUAUCCACGCGACCCUCAACGCCCGCACGUCUAUCCUCGCAGCAGCAAAUCCUAUCGGCGGGCGGUACGACCGCAAGAAGACGCUUCGUUCGAAUUUGCAGAUGAGCGCACCGAUCAUGAGUCGUUUCGACCUUUUCUUUGUCGUCUUGGAUGAGUGCGACGAGAAGACGGAUCUGAACAUUGCCAGACAUAUCGUGAAUGUGCACCGAUUCCAAGAUGACGCUAUCCACCCUGAGUUUAGUACAGAGGCGCUUCAGCGGUAUAUCCGCUAUGCUCGCACGUUCAGCCCCAAACUCACACCAGAAGCCGCUGAUAUACUGGUUGAGAAGUAUCGUAUUCUCCGACAAGACGAUGCCACAGGUGCUGGACGAAAUUCCUAUCGCAUCACCGUCCGUCAACUAGAAAGUAUGAUCCGUCUCAGCGAAGCCAUUGCACGCGCAAAUUGCACUUCAGUAAUCACCCCUGCGUUUGUACGGGAAGCCUAUACCCUCCUCCGCCAGUCUAUUAUCCACGUUGAGCAAGAUGACAUUGACUUUGACGAGGAAGAACUUGAAGGAGAACGAGGCGAUGCUAGACCGAAGGCGACGGCUCCCGCAGAUGAGUUCGACGCGGAGAACGACGUGGAGAUGUCUGCGGCAGAAAUCGAGGCCAUGCAGGAGAUAGAAAACUCUCUCGGCGGGGACCCCGCCCCAGCUCAGCCCACAUCCGACAGCGCGGCUGCGAUGUCGUCAGGUGCAGGUGCUUCGACAGAUACACCAGCGCCAGCUCCUCCCAAACCCAGAAUGAUCAUCACCUACGAUCAGUAUAUAACGCUGCAAAGUCUCAUAGUGAUGCACCUUUCCAAGGUCGAGCAAGAGACAGGCAAUGGACUAGACAGAGACGAACUCAUUGAUUGGUACCUCGAGUCAAAAGAAGCCGAAAUCGACGAUGUCGCAGAGCUGGACCGUGAAAGAGAACUGAUCACUAAAAUGUUGAGGAAACUAGUAAAGGACAACUACCUCAUCGAAGUGCGCGGCGACGUGCAAGAGUCACUCCCGUCCAUCGACGAGCCGAGUGCGGAUUCGUCUGCUCCCGUCGACGGUGAGAAUGUCCGUACCUAUUAUAUGGUCCACCCCGCCGUCGAUACAGACGGCUUCUCGACGUCUGGCAUAUAG